AUGUCUACAGCGUUGAUGUGGAGAUCAAGCACGUUGAUAUGCUUGAAUCUUAUCUUUGUGGAUACCUCCGCAUACAAGGUCCGUGAGCGCUUGCACCAGCCCGCUGUGGCCCAUUCUAAUCUUUUUGCAUCAGGUCUUACCGAGGAUCACCCUACUCUAACAACGUUUUUUGAGGGCGAAAUCAUCGGAACCAAGCACACGUUUAAAACUAGAAAUGAAGCAUGGGGCGCGACCGAAAAGACUGACAUGCAACAUUGGGGACGGUUUCCCGCUUGGCGAUCGCAGGCGAAACAGGCGAAGAGACCGGAUUUCACAUUUCGAAAUUUUGCCCAGCGUGAGCAUCUCUUCAUGCGUUGGAAAGAGUACUUCCUCGUUCCCGAUCAUCGCGUGAGGUCGAUCUCCGGAGCCAGCUUCGAAGGCUUCUACUACAUAUGUUUUAAUCAGGUGGAGGGAACGGUUGCUGGGAUUUACUUUCACGCCAAGAGCGAAAAGUAUCAACAACUCGAACUCAGACAUGUCAAAGACUACGGUUGUGCGCCAGCCAUGGAGUUCCGUUGA